GCGUCCCACCCGGGCGGUGUCGCGGGGCGGCGGCGGCGGCCGCAGCGCUCGGGGCGGGAUGGAGCGGCGCGGCCCGGGGCUGGCGGCGCUGGGCUCGCUGGGCCGGCGGCUGCUGUGGGCGCUGCCCGCGUACGCCGCGGGGCUGCUGGGCGUGGGCGCCGCCGCGCUGCUGCUGGCGCUCGCGCUCUACGCCGGGUGGCGGCGGCGGCGCCGGGACCGGGAACGGGGGCUGCGAGCGGCAGCCCGGCUGCAGCGCGAGGAGGAGGAGGCCGUGCGAGCCGCCGCCGCGGGGCUGGGCUCGGCCCGCGGGGAGCUGCCGGCGUGGGUGACCUUCCCGGAUGUGGAGAGGGCGGAAUGGCUGAACAAGGUCCUGGCACAGGCUUGGCCUUUCUUUGGGCGCUACAUGGAGAAGCUGCUGGUGGAGAACGUGGCUCCAUCCAUCCGAGCCUCCAACAACCAUCUCCAGACCUUCUCCUUCACCAAGGUGGACCUGGGCGAGAAGCCUCUCCGGGUCCUGGGGGUCCGAGCUCAUCCUGGUGCCCACAAGAAGCAGAUCCUGCUGGAUCUCAACAUCAGCUACGUGGGUGAUGUCCAGAUCGACGUGGAGGUGAAGAAGUUCUUCUGCAAGGCUGGAGUGAAAGGGAUGCAGCUCCAUGGGAUGCUGCGGAUCAUCCUGGAGCCACUGCUGGGGGAUGUGCCCAUCGUGGGGGCCCUCACCAUGUUCUUCAUCCGGCGCCCGACCUUGGACAUCAACUGGACGGGGAUGACCAACCUGCUGGACAUCCCGGGGCUCAGUUCCAUGUCGGACACCAUGAUCAUGGAUGCCAUCUCCUCCUACCUCGUCCUCCCCAACCGCCUCCUCGUGCCCCUCGUGCCCGACCUCCCCGAGGCCGCCCAGCUCCGCUGCCCCCUGCCCCGGGGCGUGGUGCGCGUACACCUCCGCGCCGCCCGCGAGCUGCGCAGCAAAGAUCGCUUCAUGGGGGGCCUCGUGGGGGGCAAAUCGGACCCCUACGCCGUCCUGCGCGUCGGCACCCAGGUCGCCACCAGCCGCGUCAUCGACAACAGCCUCGACCCCACCUGGGACGAAGUCUACGAGUUCAUCGUGCACGAGGUGCCGGGGCAGGAGAUGGAGGUGGAGCUGCUCGACAAGGACCCCGACAAGGACGAUCUCCUGGGCAGGAUGAAGCUGGAUCUUGGGGAGGUGCUGAAGGCGCGGGUGCUGGAGGAGUGGUUCCCACUGCAGGAGGGGGGACGGGGGCGCCUCCACCUGCGCCUCGAGUGGCUCUCGCUCCUCUCCGACGCUUCCAAGCUGGACCAGGUUCUGGAGAGGAACCGGACCAUCGUGGCCAAACCUGACCCCCCAUCUGCCGCCAUCCUCGUCGUGUACCUGGACCGCGCCGAGGAGCUGCCGGUGAGGAUGGGGGGGAAUGGGGGGGGGGCUCUGUGGGGUCAGAGACGUGGGGUGACCCCCCCUGACCCCCCCCCUGUUUCUGCACAGAUGAAGAAGCCGGGCAAGGAGCCCAACCCCAUGGUGCAGAUCUCGGUGCAAGAUGUGACGCGGGAGAGCAAGGUUGUUUACAACACGGUUGCUCCCGUCUGGGAAGAUGCUUUCCGCUUCUUCUUGCACGACCCCUUCAGCCAAGACGUGGACAUCCAGGUGAAGGAUGACCCCCGCCAGGGCAGCCUGGGGUCCCUCUCGCUGCCCCUCGCCCGCCUGCUGGACGCCCCAGAGCUGACGCUGUCGCAGCCCUUCCCGCUGCAGCGCUCGGGCCCCGACAGCCGCCUGCACCUCAAACUGGUCCUGCGGGUGCUCUUCCUCGAUGCCCCUGAGGAUGGGGUCCCCCCUCCAGCCCCCCCCGGGCAGGUGGACCCCCCCACCAGCACCGAUGUCCCCCACCGACCCAGUCAGGCCAACCCGGACCCCCAGUUUGGCACUGAGCGCGUGCUGCGCAUCCACCUCCUGGAGGCCGAGGACCUGAUCGCCAAAGACAACUUCUUCAAGGGGGUCGUGCGGGGCCGCUCGGACCCCUACGCCAAAGUGCGGGUGGGUGGGCGCCUCUUCCGCAGCCGCGUGGUCAAGGAGGACCUCAACCCCCGCUGGAAUGAGGUCUACGAGGCGAUCGUGGACAACAUCCCGGGACAGGACGUGGAGUUCGACCUCUUUGACAAGGACGUGGAUAAGGAUGACUUUCUUGGCCGGUGCAAGGUGCCGUUGAGGCGGGUGCUGAGCAGCCGCGUCGUGGAUGAAUGGCUGCCCCUGGAGGAGGUGAAGUCGGGGCGGCUGCACGUGCGGCUGGAGAGCCUGGCGCCCACCCCCAGCGCCGCCCUGCUGGAGCAGGUCCUGCACACCAACAGCCUCCUGCAGCCGGCCCGCAGCGAGGAGCUCUCAGCAGCACUCCUCUCCGUCUUCGUGGACCGAGCUGCCGACCUCCCGCUCCGGAAGGGCUCCAGGCCACCCGCUGCCUUCACCAGCUUGGCCGUUCGCAAUGUCUCCGUCAAGACCAAGACCUGCGCCCCGACCCCCGAGCCCGUGUGGGAUGAAGGCUUCUCCUUCCUCAUCAAGCGGCCCCACGUGGAGUCCUUGGAGCUGCAGGUGAAGGAGGAGGGGGGGUCUCCGCUGGGGACCCUCACGCUGCCGCUGCCGCAGCUCCUGGGGGCCGAGGGGCUCGUGCUGGACGCGUGGCUCCCGCUGGCUGGGGGGGGCCAAAUCCUGCUGCGGGCACAGCUGGGGGUCCUGGUGUCGCAGCAGGUGGAGGAGGGGGCCAGCAGGGUCCCCGCGGGGGGGGACGCAGCCCCCGAGAUGGUGCCCAGAGAGGAGGAGAAUGGGACGGGGGGGCUGCGCCAGCGCCUGCCCCUGGCUGACAGCCUCCCCGAGCCGGAGUCGCCGCGGGUGCAGCUCUCGCUGUGGUACCACCGUGAUGAGCGCAAGUUGGUGGCCAUCGUCCACGCCUGCCGGCGGCUGCGGGCGCUGUCGAAGGAGCCCCCGGACCCGUACGUGGCGCUGGUGCUGCUGCCGGAGCGCGGCCGCGGCGCCAAGAGGAAAACGGGCGUCCAGAAGAGAACCCACAACCCCGACUUCAACGAGAGGUUCGAGUGGGACAUUUCCCUUGAGGAGGCCUCGUGGCGCAAGAUGGAAGUUCAGGUCAAAUCCACACUGUCCUUCGUGUCCCGGGAGAAGGAGGUGCUGGGGAAGCUCCAUCUGGACCUGGCGCAGGUGGAUCUGUCCGAUGGGGGGGCUCGCUGGUAUGAGCUGCAGGACGACCGCAGCAGCCCCUAGAGAGCCCCCCCCCAGCCCCCCAUCCUCGCUGUGCCUCAAGGGGGGGGUCCGGGUCCCCUCGGCUGCUCCUGUGCCCCCCCCCCCAUCACCAUUGACCAAAGACACAUGGGGGGGGCCCAGGCUGUGCCCCCCCACUGCCCCCCGACUGUUACCCACCUCGUGCCUUCGCCUGCGGGGGAGGCGGCUGAGGUUGUGCCCCCCCCUGGCCCGGGGAGAUGCUUCUGGCAGAGCUGCCGCCACCACCACGAUGCCACCACGAUGCCACCACGAUGCCACCAC